UUUCUUCCUUUCUCAUACAUGGAGCGUAUUCACCUUUCAACACUCCGACUAAUCCCACAAUCGGAGCUAUCAGAAACAGACCUCCUUCGCCUGCGCCGAGCAUCAUCAUUUCAAGUCUACAUCAACCUCUCCUACCAUGUCCACCGCCGAUGGAUUUGCCUCUCACCCGAUGGCACACCAACGACUCUUCGCAGGUUACGUGAGCAGCCAGCCUCUGUUGGUUUCUGGUUUGAUUUUAGCCUCUUCAAGAACAAGAACAAGCGUGCCUUGUUCAAGGCUAUUUCGCCAACUUUGGAUCAUCUUGGAGUCGACUCGCGUUGUCAUGUUAGACUGGUUUUAGAUAUAAUGGAGAAAGUUAACCAGAUUAGCUGCCGAAUAUCCAAGAAACGCAAGGUUUUGGCACUGGAGUUCAAGAUAGCGAGCAAAAAGAUUACGCUGUUGGAUGAGAGAAGAAUGAUGGAAGGAAACAAUGGGAUGGUUCCAACGGCUCGCAAGUCAAGGAUACUGAAGUGUGUGAAAGUUGGUGAGAAUGAAAAUUGCAGCAUAUGCAUGGAUGAGAUUGUUGAAUUUGGAGCGAGCAUGCCUUGUGGUCAUCAUUUUCAUGGAACCUGCAUUCUCAAGUGGCUAGAGAAUAGCCACUAUUGUCCUGUCUGUCGUUUCGAGAUGCCCACUGAGACCUGAAUGAUAUUUCUUCUUUUUCAAUUAUUAGUUAAUUUGGGUUUUUGAUGAAUUUGUAUACGAAACUGAGAACACAAAUGCAUGUAGAGAUGAUUUUUGUUAGGUGAAUUAAUACGUAUCCAGAA